CUGAUAUCACGUAAUCAAUUGCUUUUGUCCUUCGCACCAACCACUUUUGGAUUUUUUGACUGUAAAUUUUUGAAUUUAUAAGAGAAUAAGAGUACAAAAUUGUAUUCGUUAGAAUUAGAACGUCCUGAGAGGUUGUAUUGUUUUGAUUAGUUUCGUCUAUUGCAUUCGUUAGAAUCAUGGGCCUUUUGGUACUUGGAACGCCGUUGGAUUGGCCUGAAUCAGAGAAAUUUCAUAAUUACGUUCGCGAAAAUGGCAUUAAGCAAUUCUUGCACAUGUACGAUAGCUUCAUCUCUAAAAAGCAAGAUGUCUUGUUGUGGGGAGACGAAAUUGAGUACAUUGUUGUUUCUAUGAAUGAUAAAGAGAAAACAGCACGGGUUAGUCUUCGACAAGAAGAAAUUUUAAAAGCUUUAGGUGAUUAUGAGGAACGCUUUAAGCAUGUCGACUUUUCUCCCAUUUACGCUGCGCUAAAGAACACAUCAUGUCCUAAGCGGACGAACGCAAUGUUAAGUGAAGCUGCUGGUAAUCCUGCAGCAUUCGUGGAGCGUUUGGUUAAGGAAAACCAUACUUAUUCAAAGAAUGAAACUACUCCUUUUAGAGCUCAAUUUGUUGUACCUACUUUUCAUCCAGAGUAUGGAAGGUACAUGCUUGAAAGCACUCCUGGCGCGCCCUAUGGAUCCGUUUUAAAGGAUUUUCUAUUUGUAGAAUUCAAUAUGCUUCUAAGGAGAAAAAUUAUUGAAAAUUAUUUACUUCCUCAUGAACACCCCCUUACAAUCACGAAUUUUUUCCGUCUAGGCACUGACCACUUUACAGAUCCUGAAACUAAAGCCGACGGUUCCAUUUCAAGAUCUUUCUUCUUACCUGAUGAUGUUAUCAAUACACAUGUACGAUUUCCAACCUUAACCGCUAAUAUUCGUCAACGACGUCAAAGAAAGGUUGCUAUGAAUGUACCGAUCUUCUUUGAUAAAAAUACUCACAAACCUUUUCGUGAUCCCACAAUACCCUGGAACAGAGAUUUAUAUCCAGAGGAUAAAAAUGCAAAAGAAGGUGCUGCGUUGGAAAAUCAUAUAUAUAUGGACAGCAUGGGUUUUGGUAUGGGGUGUUGUUGUUUGCAAAUUACGUUCCAGGCCAAAAAUUGCGAUGAAGCUCGUUUGCUGUAUGAUCAACUAAUCCCGAUAACUCCUUUAAUGCUUGCUCUCUCUGCCGGUACGCCAGCCUUUCGAGGUUAUUUGGCUGAUCAGGACUGUCGAUGGAAUGUUAUUGCUGGUGCAGUAGAUGAUCGUACAAAAUCCGAAAUGGAAUAUAUUCCAAAAUCUAGAUAUGACUCUGUCGAUAUGUACAUUUCUAAUGAUCCCCGGAAUCUCCAAGAAUACAAUGAUAUUCCUGUAGUAGUAAACGAGGGUUGUUAUGAACAGUUAAUAAAGGGAGGAAUUGAUGAAAGAUUAUCGAAGCAUAUGGCCCAUAUAUUUGCGCGUGAUCCUUUGGUUAUUUUCAGUGACAACAUUCAGCAAGAUAACAGUAUGUCUAAUGGUCAUUUUGAAAACUUAAACUCUACCAAUUGGCAAUCCAUGCGUUUUAAGCCUCCUCCACUCAACAGCUCAGUUGGUUGGCGAGUUGAAUUUCGAUCAAUGGAAAUACAAUUUACAGAAUUUGAAAAUGCUGCUUAUUCCAUAUUUGUUGUUAUGCUUUCCAGAGCUAUUCUCUCUUUUAACUUGAAUUUUUACAUGCCUAUUUCUUUGGUUGAUGAAAAUAUGGUAGCUGCCCAGGCUCGCGAUGCAAUUCAUCAGAAGAAAUUUUGGUUCAGGUGCAAUCCGUUUCCGAAUGCCGAAGAUCCUGAAGAACGCGGCCGGUAUCGUCAAUUAAGCUUAGAUGAAAUUUUUGGUGGAGAACGAACCGAAGAAGGAUUCCCUGGUUUGGUACAAAUAGUCCGCAGCUAUUUGUAUUCUUGUAAUCCCGAUGCUGAAACAUUAUGUUCACUUGAUCGUUACCUUCGUUUAAUUUCACAGCGUGCAAGUGGAGAAUGUAUGACUGCAGCAUCUUGGAUUCGGAAAUUCAUCACAACCCAUCCUCUUUAUAAGCAAGACAGCGUGGUUUCAUCUGAAAUAAAUUUUGAUUUGGUAAAGCGCAUUACAAGCAUCAUCAAUGGUGAACACGAUGAGGAUCUCUUUGGUAAUUGUCGUUGCUAAAGCCGGGGUUUCAUUCAUUUUAAAGUAUUCAAUGUUCGUUAAUGCUAAUUGAAGACCGUUAAAUUCUCAGUACUAAAAAUAAUGCAGUCUUUUAGAUGAGACUAAUCUUAGAAAUUUACAAAGUUUGACCCUUCCAUUAACAAAAACUAAAGUUAAU